AUGUCACAACGCAAAACAUGGUCGUGCAAUCCUGGAAGCCCAACUGCGACAGUCUCCAGUCAAGGAACGGCAAUCGGACGAAGAACAGCAGAACUUGUACGCACCACAGGCUCUUACCUCUCUGUGAGACAGUUUUCGAGAAGGAGUACCGACAGGACUUCUUCGAUCAUAGCCAGCACGCGAACUUCAAUAGAUCAGCUACAGGUGUCUCGGGCUGAAGAACAAUCCACUGGGGACAUUAUUCGUGAGCUGGGAGAGGGUCUCGAUAUUGUCGAGGACAGUACCAACAGCCUAGAGGUGGUCCAGCCUGAAGGAGAACCAGAUACGCUCAAGACCGAAAAUUCCGAUAAAGAUGUUAAACUACAGGGCUUGCGGACAGCAAUGCUAGAAGCUCGUGUGGAAACGAUCGAAGGACAACACUUUAUACCAAUAUCUCUUGUAAACGAGCUGUUGACGGAACAGAGAGUAAAGGAGGAACUGAUGCAAAGCCUAUCAGAAGCAUCGAGCCAUGAGCUGGAUGAAAUUUGCCAGCAGGUUUGCAGCCAGCCCAAUCCAAACGCCGCAUCAUCAUCGUUGAGGUUCCUCCGCGUAUUUGCUAUACUGGUUUUGAUCGGUCGGUCGGCCGAUAUUCGUGAGUUUAUUCGGUCCGGUAUCUCAGACAAAGACCUUCCACUCUCCGAAAAGCAGCUCCAGCAAACUAGAGACGGCGAAACAUCGACAGAAAGAAGGGCUAUUGAUCUUCCUCAUUGGGACUCGGAACUGAAAGAAAAGUUUGUGCGCUACCAAUGGGAAAUCAAUGUACCAUUCUUUUCACAAUCGGAAUCGCCGUCCAAAAUUCGAUUUUACAAGCUCGAUGCGAAAACCAUACUUCCAUUCACUAAUGACAAGACCCCGGAUUCGAUCUAUGGAGGAUUCAGCGAAGUCUCGAAAGUAAAAAUACAUUCUUCUCACCAUAACUUUAUCGGCAUUUCUCCCAAAUCAAACCUUGCCGUAAAACGGUUCAAAAAUGACGACUCGGGGACUUUUGUUGAGGAAUUAAGAGCUCUUCAAAGGUUCUACCGUCCACAGAAUCGCCAUCAUCAUCUGAUUAGUCCUAUAGCAACAUUCCAGCGAGGCAACAAAUACUUCAUCAUGUUCGAAUGGGCGGCAGGAGGCGACCUUCGUCAAUUUUGGAAAGCUAACAAACCACCUAUUCGGGCCAAUGCUGAACUUGAUCUUUGGAUGGUAAAGCAGUGCUUAGGUUUAGCUGAUGCAUUGGCGUCAAUCCAUAAGAUUCAUAGCAGCAAAUCUCUCUACGGGCGACAUGGAGACCUUAAGCCUGAAAAUAUCCUCUGUUUUGAGGAUGCCGACUCACCUAUCCGUCGCACACGGUUGGUGAUAUCAGAUGUAGGUCUGACCAGAUUCCAUCACUCUGCAGAAGGACAGCACAGUGAGCAGAGACACACGCCAACAUACCGAGCCCCGGAAUUUGAUCUCGAAAACGGAGUCACUAGUCGAUCAUAUGACAUCUGGUCUUUGGGAUGUUUGUUUCUCGAAUUCGUAACGUGGUAUCUCACUGGAUCCUCUGGUAUUGAUGACAAGUUCACGGAGGUCCGAACUACCGAAGGGCUUACGGACGUGCCGGAUGAUAACUACUUUCUUGUAAAGCGCGAUUAUGUAGAUGACACUUUGCGAGCUGAGGUCAAGCCUUCCGUCACAAAGUGGAUAAACGAAUUACGAAGACAUCCGAAUUGUGUGCCAUUCUUACAGCGAAUGCUCGACGUAGUAGAGACCAGAAUGUUGGUUGUAGAUGUGAAAAAACGCAUUGAGGCCAUAGAUUGUGUUCGCGCUCUGACUGAAAUAGCAACCUCUAUGGACACCAACAGCUUGAAUCAGGUGGAAAGUCCGAGGCAAAACACUUUGUCAGGAGUUUCAGCAAAUAAUAUUAUACAACCAACUAGUAGCAUUGACUCUCAGUUAAACAGAACACGUUCUCAAAUUGGCAUUGGAAAUCUGAGGCUGGAAAUCCUUGAUGAGAAAUCAAAAAGGAUAUCAACUUUUGAUACACUGAGAUUGCAAAUCGAACACCAACUUGGUCAUAAGCUUGACUGGUCGCCACUUCCUGGCGUGAAUCGAUGUCCAGCUUCUGCUGAAGCACGUCUCGUUUGGAACUAUGGAGGCAUGGAAGUCGCCAUUUUUCUUGAUCAUAAUCGACUCAAGCGCUACAGAGAUCGAAUUCACGUGUCAACCCCGGCGAUUCUACCGACAAUGAACGCUACAAAAAGUACCUCUAGAGGAACAAGAACAACUUUGGCGGGCUUGCAAGCAUACUGGCAAUAUAUUCGUCUGGGUGUCUCGAAGACCUUGCAAUCCUGGAAAAGGAGCAACGCCACUAAGAAUAACACCACAGUACUACAUCCUACAGUCCGCAUGACAGCCAGUACUGGGAAAGAAUCAUACUUCUGUAUUGAUAAGCACUGGACAAGUGUCAAGCAAACGAGUAUGUAUACCGUGCCAGGUAUUGACCAAUUGGAAGAUGACCAUCAGCUUUUCCUGGCACUUGGAAAAUGCCUCGAGGGUGCCCGAGGAUCUUGGAUGCACCGCUGGAGCUCAUGGAGAACUUGUACAGGGGUACAACUGUCCAAAUUUACCUUUCUCUUCGACAAUUGCGACCUCGUCAAAGCAUUCGAAAAGGGUAUGAACGAAAGGGUCCAGGAGAUAUGCAAAGGAUAUGACUACUCCUGCUUGCCGGAGCUCGAUCCUGAUGAGCAUAUGCAGCUGAUGGCGGAGACCAUUCUUCAAGGGCUGCAAGAGCCUGAGAGAGGCCAAAACAGUCGCGCGGUUCUUGAUGGCAUUCCGAAACUUCAAGCCCCACCUGGCAUUGAUAAAAGACAGUUCAACUCUGGAUGGGGCUUCUACACAUCCCAGGGAUACUGUCUGAUGAAGAUUCUACUUUGGGUUGGCGCCAUCUUAUCUCCUGGUGUCGCCUUCGUCAUAGCCUGGCUUUGUCUGGUAAACGCUUUCGACCUGCAGAAUGCGUUCGUACCUAUGAUGUUUUUGGCGGGUAAUGUUGCUAUCAUUCUGGCAUCUCUCCUGAUGUGUGCACCUUGA